UUAAUUUUGUAGCCGACUAUAAAUUACUAGCUCAUUGUCAUAAAACCAUAAUGAAAUUUUCUAGACGCCCAUCACCCUUCUUACUACAACACCUUAUAUAAGUAUUGCCAGCGACACCUAUUAGCAAUGGGACAGAAAAAUUUGCUUACACCAGUACUGAGUCUGCUGUUAAUUGUGCAUUACGUGACUGCCAUUCAAUGGGACUACGAGUUUGGUAAAAAGCAGCGUUUGGACGCAGCCAAAAUUUACGAAAAGGAGGGUACUAUUCAUAUAUUCCAAUAUCGCAAUUUUUAUUCAUUUACCGUACCGGUGGGCAUGCAGGUCUCAUACGUCAGAGUAACAGUGUGGGGUCUCAGCCCUCCAAAAGUGGAUUAUGAUGAAAGCACUCACACCGUUUCUAUCGUUUACUCUUUCAUGCAAAUCACACUCAGCACAUUCAAAAUACAAGUCGAAGGUGUUCCCUUUGUUAUAGGCUCUAACGCCGUCAAGGUAUCCCUUAGCAGUGGUGAACUCCCUCAGAGUAAUGAAAUAAAUGGUUAAUAAGGUUAAAAAUAUAUUUUAUCGCGCCAGUUUCAUCAUCUACAUCGACCGAAAGACUAAAAAUGACUACUCCUGAGGAUCUCUACAACGAUCAUUCGUAAGAAAAUUUUGAUCAGAUUAACGAUCCUUAUGAUUAUGUUAACUAUAGCGACCCGCCCACGCUUGGCAUAGGUAAACAUUAAUAAAUUAUACUCCUAAGCCUUCCACCAGAAUCACUCUAUUGAUACGUGAAAACCGCAUGAAAUCCGUUAAUAGUUUUUGAGUUUAUCUCGACAGAGAGACGCGGUGGGGGAUUUGUUUUAUGAUUCCUAUGUGUAGAUCGCUGCUUUGCCCUUAGGAGUACCUAACGAGACUUCUUAUGAAGUCUAUUGUUAGCGACCAUGCUUCUAUAUUAGUUCUUUCAUUUCAUUACUUAUUAUUUGAAUGUCAUUAGUAUUUAUUUAUGCACAAGCAGUUCUUGGAGCUUGUGUUCAUUGCUUGUGUUUGCACUUUUUAAAGUUCUAAAGUAUGUACUUAGAUAAGUAUCAAGUCUUUUAGUGCGAUAGCUAACAACAGUUUCUGGUAGACAAUUCCACACAUUUACCACACGAUUCGGCAAUUGUUUAUAUUUUAAGCUCGACUUAAGUACACAUUAAUUCUAUGGGUUCAUUAAAAGCGUUUACAUUUUUUACAA